AUGCGGUACAGAGCCACCCCUCAGCCCCCGGCGCUUAGACCCCCUUCCCGGUCAGGUGGCCUGGAGUCCGUCCCCCACCCGCUCCGGGGCCGGGGUGUCCCGAGGUUGGGACCCGCGCUCCAUUACGAGCCUUGCCUGUGCCUGCCGCGAGCCUGUCCACCCCUUCCUCUGCCCUCCAGCGCAGCCUCUGUCACCCGAUUCCUUCCCUCCCCACUUCCUUCUGAGGCUGCCACCAGCCCUAGCCUUUCCCUCCUCCGCCCCCCUGCCCUCAAGCACCUCCUGUCCCCGCACUCCAGCCCGCACGCUGGGAUACCACCCGCUCCGCACGCGAUGCCCUACCCCACCCCACACAGCCACACACCCCCGCAGCUCAAGCAGCGCCCCUACUCUCGCCCCCCCCCCCUGCCCCCCGGCCCGCUGCCCUCCCCCUCGCCCCCCCAAGUCUGUGCCCCCCACCUCGCACCCGGAUCCAUGUUCCCCCACCGCGUACCCGGCAGCCGCCCUCCACCUCGCACCCCAUUCAUAUCUCCCCACCACGUACCCAGGCCCCGCGGCCUUCCACAUUGCUCCCCCGCCUGCCGCUCUCCACCUCGCGCCCUGAUCCGUGCCCCUUCACUUCGCCCCCCGCCCCAGAUCCGUGCCCCUCACCUUGCACCCCCUCCACCUCGCGCCCGGACCUGUGCCCCCUCACCUCACGCCCCACUUGUGCUCCCCACAUCACGCCUGGUGCUCCUGCCCUUGCGAUGUCCAGGAGGGGCUAAAGAAAUUCAUUUUCAAGAUUACAACAGUUUGGUGAUUGAUGAAGUAACCUUACCUAACGUAGUGGCUAACUCCACUUUAGGAGAAGAAGAAGAAAAUGAUACAAGUGAACCAGCUGUGAAAAGAGGCAGGAAGUCAAAAUUAGCACAAGAACUACUUAAAUGCCGGUUCUUUUCUGGUGAAUGGUCUGAGUUCUGUGAACUUAUACUAAGCAGUGAAAAACCUUUUGUAAAAUAUGAUCUCAUACUCACCUCAGAAACCAUUGACAACCCAGAUUAUUAUAGUGCUUUGCACGAAACAUUCCUCAGGCUUUUAGAUAAAAAUGGACAGGUGCUUUUGGCCAGUAAAGUACAUUAUUUUGGUGUAGGUGGAGGUAUUCAUCUCUUUCAGAAGUUUGUAGAGGAAAAGAAUGUAUUUGAAGCUCGAACACUUGAAGUAAUCGAUGAAGGCCUAAAGAGGGUCCUAAUUGAACUAACUUUUAAACAUCCAGUUAAUAACCCUACUGUGCUAAGUGAAAUAAAUUGA